AUGAGGUUACGAGAGCGUGCUCCGCGCAGCAUCCGCUUCGAAGACGACGACGAGGAUGGCGGAGGGGGUCGGCAGAGCGACAGGUCGCAUCUCUUCGAUAGGUUCAACAUCGAGGCCGAGGAGAUGCGGGAGCGCAUGCGUCGGUUCUUCGAGGCCCUGCACAGGUAUCGGCCGGUUAACUGCCCGACUUGCCACGAGCAGUGGCCUACGGACAGAACACUUCCGGAAGAAACGCCGGAGCGCAAUGGGGUGCCCGAGAUACAGAGCAUGAGGUGUUCCAAUGAUCUCGUUGAGCGCAGGCGGCAGCCAUCGCUCCCCCAAGUCGCUAAAUUCGGCGAGGUGAACCGCACGGUGCCGCCUCCUGUGCCGGGGUAUAUGCAGAACCUCACCAUGACGGAGGAGAUGCUAAUUGCCAGGGCUUCCCCGGUGGUCAAAGUUGUCCGGCUGGCGGGGGGGAUGCACGGGUACGAAGGGCAUGUGCUGAGCAUGGGCCAGGACAUUGGGGAGUUCGCCACACGACUGCCCUGGCUUCCGACGUCGGAGGAGAUCCCGGUGGUCAUCGUUCAACCACCGGAAGGCGGGAGCUGGGCAGGUCGAAAUUUCAAGGUGAACCUGGCAAGAGUCGAGGGUGCGUUGCUUUACCUAAUUCGGCACAGCCCGGCGUACAGGGGCAUCGUCCACAUCGACAUGGCCCGGCUGAGGGAGAGAUUGGGGGGUCUCGAACGCGACGAGAACGUUGACGUUGACGUCAUGCAUCUCUUCCACACCAUAACUGACGACAACGCCGAGGACGACGCCGGCGACGACGGCAAUGGCGAUGGUAAUGGUGGUAGCGGCGGUGAUGAACAUGGAGAUGGGGAGGGCGAUGGUGAGGAGGGUCGACGUCCACGGUCGAGGGUUUGCGGGGUGGAGAUCGCGCCCAAUCUGCUGGAGCUCGACGACAUAGCCGACGACCCCGAGGGAGCUUCGGAGCUUAGGGCCCGUCCUCGUCGAGGACCUACGGAGUCUUUCGUCAAAUCCGCGAACGUGCGGCAGCAAAGUGAGGAAGACGCUCUGAGGGAGGCGUUGAUGGAUAUCACCGGCUAUCGUGGGGACGCGGCGGGCGAAGCGUCUUUCGAGUACCCGCGGAGGACGGGGCCGGUGCGAGAGGACACGCCGUGGUUGGGGAGUAUGUGUUUCCCCACCCUCUUUCCAAAGGGUGUUGGAGACCCCUUUGGAGAUGCCGGAAUGCGCAGCGUUUCCUUUGUCCACUUUAUUGCACAUCUCAUGAAGUUCGUCGAUCGCCCGGAGGGAAGAGCACCUCACUACCGCUUCGCCAGUCAUCGCACGUUCCGCUACUGGGCCCUCGAUGUGAGGUUGCGGAGGCAAGCGAAGCAGCAAUGCCGUGUUUUUCUCCGCAACCACGAGGGCCUCGUCAACCUCGACCCCACCGACGUCGACGACGGCACCAUCUCCCAGCUUAUGCGCAUCGCCCUGCGAUAUGUCGCCAACGUUCCAGGGACCGAUGGAUACUGGAUGCGGUGGCAGGGUAAGUUGGAAGAUUCCCUCAACCAGCUCCAAUCUUUGACGACGUUCACCACGUACUCCGCCGCCAACCACCACUGGUACGACCUCUUCCGACUGAUGCCGGCCAGUGGCCCCGAGCCGGCACCAGGAGAGGGUGGUUUAAUCAGGCCCGUAGCGGAGAGGACGCGACCCCUCAUCGACAACCCCCACUUGGCGGACUGGUGGAUCUGGGAGAGAAUGCACAAGCUCGACGAAAUAUUCCUCGGAAACGCCAUGGCGGAUGCCUCCUGGUUUUGGAUGCGGGCUGAGUGGCAGAGCCGGGCGAGCCUGCACAUCCACGGCAUGAGCUCUUGGAAUUGCGAGGGAGACCGGCGGGUGACAGAGCUCUCGCGCACUUACCUCAGGGUGUACAUCGCUCGACGGCGAAGGGCGACGGAGGAACCCGACCCGCGCGACGAUGACCCGCCGGACGAUGGGGGCGUGCCCGAUGAAUUCGUACGGGUGCAGGAAGACAUCGUUCGUUUCUUGGAGAAAGUCGGCUUUACCGCUCGCAACCCCUCCCUACCGGCCGACGAUACGCCCGUCGGCGAGGAGGCCUGUGCCCGAAGCCGCGAGGAGCUCGAGAGGUAUAUGCGCGACUUCCCAUGGCACGACGUCGACGAGUGCCGGAGACGAUACGCCAACCUUGUGAAUGGCGCACAGAGGCACACCAAGUGUGGGCCAUACUGCCUCAGGAAUGGGCGGUGUCGAUUCGGCUUUCCCAAGAAACGCGACGGACGCAUGCGCCUCGACCCGCACCCGCUCACGGGAAAUCCCACGGACGACCCCAACGACUACCACGUUGUCGUCACCCCUCCGAACGCUUCGCCCCCCGCGGAGGGACAGCGCGGGCCGGGUCCCUGCAACCGUUCUGUUAACCGUCACGUCCAGUCGCAGCUGCUCGCGUGGGGGGCCAACACGGACUUCUCCCCCAUCGUUGACCACGGGGGAGCUGCGACGUACAUGGUGAAGUAUGCCAGCAAGGGCGAGUGCAGCAGCAAGGAGGCGAGGAAGAUGUUGCUAACCCUCGUCCGCGACGCUGCAGACCAGCUCCCGGAUGGCCCUGAACGCCUGAGUCUGCCCCAGAUAAUGCGCAAGAUCAUCAACUGCGCCACCACGCGAAGGGACAUGGGGUUUCAAGAGGUCAUGCACAUGAACCUGCAGAUUCCCAUGGUCUUCAAAAACGUCGAGUUCGUCAGAGCCGCCACGCAGAACACGGACGUCGAGGUCGAGCGAGGAGCGCCCGAGGGAGGACUGCGCCCUGUGCAGGGACUGCUCGAGGCGUACGCCCGGCGAAUGGAGGAGAGCGAGUGGGCACCGGAAGGGAGGAAUCGGCCGUCAAACGCCGUCCUGAGCGCCAUGAACUUCUUCGAAUUCGCCGCCACCUUCAAGACCCACAGGCAGCAGAAGAUCGUCGCCCACACGAGGAAGAACCGUGUCGUCACAUUCCAGCCCUACUUCUCCCAUUCCACCACAAGCCCGGCAUACCCCGAUUACUGCCGCAACCAGCUAGUGAAGUAUCGCCCAUGGACGGGAGAAUUGUCCAACGGGUGGGGAGGGCAGCCGGGGGAAGCGGCCGACACGAACGACGAGGCUGCCCGUGAACACAUAAAGACGCAGUGGCGUUCCUGGAAGGGCGCGAUGAGGCUGCUUCCUAGGGAGCAUCAGCCUUACGGCUUCUCUGCGCGGGAUCUUGACACCGAGCGGCGGAGGAGUCAGCCGCGCGGAGGGCGCGACAACGAACCACGUGAGCUCGACCCCGACGACGACGAAGACCUCGACUUCCUGCAACGGAACUUGCCCGACCCUGGCCAAGAUGACGAUGUCCUCCGCCGCUGGGACGACGGGCGUGGUGGUGUGCAGCCCGACUGGACACAGAACAACUGGAGUGAGGGUGCGUCGGCGUGGGUUCGUCAGCAUGCGGCUGCGCCGGUCCCUCGCCCGGGGGGUGAUGCCGGCGCCGCCGCGGGUGGAGCGAGGGACUCUUGGCCACAGCUCAACGACGAGCAGGCCCUUGCCGUCAGGGAGAUGGUUCGGCAGUUGGGGCGUCAACGGUUCCUGCUUUUGGCGCCGACGGGCAACGCUGCUUGCGCCAUUGGCGGAGAGACGAUCCACACCGGCCUAAGGGUCGGCGUGCAGAACCGCCCGAGGGGGGACCUUGGCGAAAUAAGCGAGAGCGCUCGGAGGGAUCUCCAGCAAAAGAUCCAAGGAGUGGACUUCGUGCUCGUCGACGAGUUCUCCAUGAUCGGCCAAGACAUGCUGGGGAUGAUGAGCGUCCGCCUCAAGCAGGCCGUGGAAGGACGGCGGACCUACUGGGUCGACGACCGACACCUUGGCCUCUUCGGUGGGCUGUGCAUCAUUAUGGUGGGUGACAUCAUCCAGCUUCUCACUGUGGCGCAGUCCCCCAUGUGGACGUCCCGCCCUCAGAGUUCCGCUCUCUCGGGGCAAGGCCUGUACGCCUGGUUGGGCAUGAACGCCGCCGUCCAGCUGACGCAAGUCAUGCGCCAGCAAGGGGCGGCGCAGGCCGCCUUUCGUGAGACUCUGCUUCGUAUCGCGGAAGGCGAGGCCACCGAGGCGGAUUGGAACACUCUUCGCCCACGCUUCACCACUGCAGUAGACGCUGCGGAGAGGGAAUCCUUUGACAACGCCGUCCACAUCUUCCCAACGAACGGAGCCGCGGACGACUGGAACUGGAGACGCCUCCAGGCCCUCGGCACGCCCAUCGCAAGGAUUGACGCCGACCACUCCAUGCAUGGGUACGCCCAUAUCCCGUCCGACAGGUUCCGAGGUCUGGAAGGGCAGCUUUUUCUCGCCGUCGGUGCCAGAGUGUUCAUCAACAACAACGUCUGGACAUCAGGCGGCCUCGCCAACGGAGCCGCCGGCGAGGUGGUGCACAUGCAGUGGGCGCCCGGGACGCAACCGCCAAGCCUCCCGGAGGUCGUUUGGGUGCGCGUAGAGAACUACAGGGGGGAGCAGUACUUCAGCGAGCCCCUGGAGAGGCCGUGGGGGGGUCGGGUCGUUGAUCUUCGCAACGUCGUCCCAAUAUCCCCCAUUGACGCCCCCGACGACCACCCACCGGCAGCUCUUCGCCGCCGCGGGGGAGGGGCCAACACAAACGCCCAAGGCCGAUGCAUUAGGACGCAACUACCCCUCAUGCUCGCUUUCGGCAUUACUAUCCACAAGAGCCAGGGGGCGACCCUCCUGCGUUGCUUCUUGGACAUCGGCGAGCAGGAGAAGAGCGACGGGCAAACGUUCACGGCCCUCAGCCGGUGUCGGGCACUCGACAACAUGCUCCUGCAGCCCUUAUUCUGCUUGGAGCGCCUCCAAAGAAUCGGCACCAGCCGAACGUUCGGAGCGAGGCUUGACGCACUUCAUCGCGUUCGGGAGCUCGCCAACCAGACGCGCGUCCAGAACGAGCUUGACGCGAUCGACAUACCGCCACGUCGCCACAGGCCCGCCGCCCCACCUCGGAUGCCUGGACGACCUCGUGGGUCAGGAAGGGCUUCCAGACAGCCAGCUGGAGGGAGUGGGGCUCCAAGGGGCCGAGGGCAGAGUGAAGGGCCCGGGCGUGGCGGGGGCGGGUAA